CAGUCACCUGCUUGUUGAGAACAUGGAGAACAUCAGCGACAACCUCAUCAGAUACAAGAACUUCAUUUUUAUGAAGGAUUUGACAACUGCAGAGCACAUUGAUUCACUCCACAGCUUUGAAAUCCGUGACAGUGACAUAUUUGUUGUCACUUAUCCAAAAUCAGGCACAAUCUGGACUCAGCAGAUCGUCAUCUCCAUCUGUGAGUUGGAUGGAGGUCUGAACCAUUAUCCAAGCAACUGGACGCAGAUGCCGUGGGUGGAGUACCACAAGGAACAUGAAAACUUCUCCAACCGUCCGUCUCCACGUCUUUUCUGCUCCCAUCUUGUCCCACGUCUAAUGCCUCUAGGACUGAAGGACAAGAAGGCAAAGAUGAUCUAUGUGAUGCGAAACCCAAAGGACAACAUUGUUUCUUUCUACCACUUUAGCAAGGUCAUGGCUGAACUGGAAACUUCUGGGAGCUUUGAAGAUUUUCUGGAGGAGUAUCUGUCAGGAAAAGUUAUGGGAGGAUCCUGGUUUGACCACAUCAGAGAGUGGCACGCUGAAAGACAAGAGUACAACAUCCUAUUCCUGACCUACGAGGACAUGAACUUGAAUUUGAAGGCAACGGUGAAUAAAAUGUGCACUUUCUUGGGGAAAAACCUCAGUGAGGCGGCUAUUGAUCAAGUUGUUGAAAAAUCACUGUUUGAAAAUAUGAAGAAAAACCCAAAAGCCAACUAUGAGUGUGUCCCCAAGAUCACAGUGAGGGGAAACUUUAUGCGCAAAGGUAAGAUUGGUGACUGGAAAAACACCUUCACUGUGGCCCAGAGUGAAAGAUUUAAUCAAAUUCUUCAGGAGCGACUCGGUGACCUGGGCUUGACCUUCAUCUGGGACUCGACAGAACAACCUUAAUAAAUGAUAUUUAUUCAUUUAUUUUUUUUUGAGUUAGAAACCUGAAACUGAACAUAACCUUAGAGAAAUAAAAAUUUUCACCAUUAUCUGUUACUACUACUCCCAAGUUGUAAAUUAUUAAUUUGUAAUGAAAAACAUCCAUUAAAAUGCUGGCUAACGAGUGCCAGGACAUCAUAUUUGUAUGGAGCCUGUUCAUUUUGGCUCCAUACACUGUGUUCCACUGAGCAACUCCACUACCGUUUUGUAAAAAUGUGUCUAUUAGACUAAUGAUCAGAUGACACCAGAUCAAAUUGUUUGUAUGUGAGAAAUUAUGUU